UGUGGGGGGAAUGUGGCGCAAGAGACGCGGCCCAACGCUGUGUGUGUAUAUACGAACUUCUGCCUUAAAUAAAAAUCAAUAAAUAGUUUUCUUCCGUCUUUUUUUGUAAGUUUAGGGAAAUUCUGCCAUUUCUGAAUACAAACCUUCAGGGAGUACUGUGCAUCAAGCUGAAAAUGCCCCGCAGACGUCAGAGACACAUGGUCGGCAGCGGUUCGGAUGGAACCGAAGACUCUGACUCCUCCGCUGAAAGGGAACAGACCAAUAGUUCAGAGAGCGAUGGGAACACGGCCAAGAGACAGCGCCUCACCAGAGCCUCUACUCGCCUCAGCCAAAGCUCUCAGGCUUCAGAUACUCCGGAUUUGAAGCGGGCCGCCGACCACGACGAGUCUCCGCCGUUGACGCCUACGGGAAAUGCGCCCUCUUCUGAGUCCGAGCUGGACAUCUCCAGCCCCAACGCCUCCCACGACGAGAGCCUGGCCAAGGAUCAGGCCAACAGAGACUCCGACAAAGACCUGCCCCACCGCCCCAAGCGCCGCCGCUGUCACGAGACCUACAACUUCAACAUGAAAUGCCCCACGCCGGGGUGCAACUCCCUCGGUCACCUCACAGGAAAACAUGAACGGCAUUUUGCAGUAUCAGGUUGCCCUCUUUACCACAAUCUCUCUGCCGAUGAAUGCAAGGUUAAAGCCGUCAGCCGCGAGAAACAAGAGGAGGAGGUGAAGGAAGAAAACAACUCGCGCCACGCCACUCGCCACCAGACGCCAACGUCGAAACAGAGCAGAUACAAAGAGCAGGUGUCUGAGAUGAGGAAGGGGCGAAACUCUGGGCUUCAGAAGGAGCAGAAAGAAAAGCACAUGGAGCAUCGGCAGACACACAGCAACACCAGGGAGCCUCUGCUGGAGAACAUCACUAGUGAAUAUGACCUGGAGCUCUUCAGAAAAGCCCAGGCCCGUGCAUCUGAAGACCUGGAGAAGCUGCGUAUCCAGGGUCAGAUCACCGAGGGCAGCAACAUGAUCAAGACCAUCCUGUUUGGCCGCUACGAGCUGGACACCUGGUACCACUCCCCGUACCCCGAGGAGUACGCGCGCCUCGGCCGCCUCUACGUCUGCGAGUUCUGUCUGAAGUACAUGAAGAGCCAGACCAUUCUCAGAAGACACAUGGCCAAGUGUGUGUGGAAGCAUCCUCCCGGCGACGAGGUGUACAGAAAAGGAGGCAUAUCUGUGUUUGAAGUUGAUGGCAAAAAGAACAAGAUCUACUGCCAGAACCUGUGUUUACUCGCCAAGCUCUUCUUGGACCACAAAACGCUGUACUAUGACGUCGAGCCCUUCCUCUUCUACGUCAUGACUGAGGCCGACAACACCGGCUGCCAUUUAGUGGGCUACUUUUCCAAGGAGAAGAAUUCCUUCCUCAACUACAAUGUCUCCUGCAUCCUGACGAUGCCACAGUACAUGAGGCAGGGCUUCGGCAAGAUGCUCAUCGACUUCAGCUACCUGCUGUCCAAAGUAGAGGAGAAGGUGGGCUCCCCGGAGAGGCCUCUGUCCGACCUGGGCCUCAUCAGCUACCGGAGCUACUGGAAGGAGGUGCUGCUCAGAUACAUGUGCACCUUCCAGGGCAAAGAAAUCUCCAUCAAAGAGAUCAGCCAGGAAACCGCCGUGAACCCGGUGGACAUCGUGAGCACCCUGCAGUCCCUCCAGAUGCUGAAGUACUGGAAGGGGAAGCACCUGGUGUUGAAGAGACAGGACCUGAUUGAUGAGUGGAAAGCGAAGGAGAUCAAACGAGGCCACAGCAACAAAACCAUCGACCCGAGCUCCCUGAAGUGGACCCCCCCCAAAGGGACAUGAGCGCUGCCGUCCUCGGGCUACUGAAUAAACUCACGUCCAGCCUCACCACAAGUAGCCUAAGACCUACAAACUGUCAAUAAAGACCAACGUACAUUCUUUAUUCAUGAAGGUUCUUCUUUUUUACUUUUGUAUUUUACUUUAGGUUUUAAGCUCCAAACGUUCCAAGUCCAGUGAUUCUUUACAGUAGAGUUUCUCUUAUUUGUUUUUAAAACUGCCUUCAUCUAAUAAGCUUUGAAUGUUAAAUGAUACACGGUCCAGUGUGGUGCGUAACAUGAAUGUUUGCUUCGCUCGAGCAAACAACAAAAAAAGACUUCAGCUAAAUUUACAUGUUUUUUUUAUUUCAUUCAAGAAAUGUGCAUUUUUAAGAUGGUGGCUUUUGUUUGGGCUAAAUACAAUUAUUGUUAGCAUGAAGUGGAACCGUAAGCGGGCGUAUUUUCAACAGUAUGAUGUGUGGUGACGUUUUCUUUGGUUGGUGUAAAGUUGUAUAGAUCUUAAUGAUGUGUACUCGGUUCUCGUAGCUGCGUCAGUACAUCGGGACCCGUUCCUCUGAUGAACCUGUGAUGGAACAACAAACCAUAGGCGUUCUUCAUUUGCCGAGAAUAAAACAAAUGAAAUGAAGGCAGCACUGCUGUAAGGAUGCACGUGGAAAUAAAGCGACCUCAGGUUUUUAUACUGAUCCAAUCGUACCCUGCCUGUGUUGUUCCUCCCAGACGUCGGUCACAGAUGGAAUUUCUCUGGUCAGAGAUUCUGUAGAGAAACGGAAAACAUUUCAACUCAUCGCUUCAAUGUCGAUCACAGCCGUCAAAUGUGCAAUUUGGUAUUUUUAAUAUCAAUAAAGCCGCUUUGAUAUUUUGGAA